AAGUGAGAAGUGAAACGAAAUCAAAGACAGUACAAAACGAAAAGAAGAGUAAAGAAAGACAAUAAAUCGGUCAAGCCGCAACAACACAACAAGGACAUAGCAAGACGUCUUCACAGGUGAGCAAGGACAAUGGAUACUGCUAUAAACAUCAACGAAGCGUAGCGACCCACACACACACAAAUUGUAAUUCUUGUUGAUUAACCGAACGCCCUUUUUGGAGCAGAUAAAAUCACUACAAAUGCAAAAUGAAUUCGGAGCAAAUUAUGCCGAUGUCGUCUGGGUUGCCACCACCGUCGCAGAGAUCUACAUGCGGCGACUACAAAGCGGAAACGGAAACGUAUGGGACGGCGAGCGUACCGGUAUAUGGGCCCAUCCCGACUACGUCCGGCAGCAGCUACGCUACUUUUUCCGUAUUGUCCAACUUAUCAAAAGCGGCGACAGGGCAACCAUCGAUGCCGCUAAUGCUGCCCGCGCCUACGACCACCACGUUCAAGUCAAUCCCAAUGGGCACCACGCCGACAACUUCGACGAACCAGCCCCAGCUGACCUUGUUGAACCCGAAUACCCCGAACCUGAUCCCACUAUCGAUGUCGAUGUCAUUGAGUACGACGCCGACGCAGCAGCAGUUGAUGACAACGCCGACGGCGCUGCCCCAGCAGCAGCAGCAGCAGCAGUUAAUGUCAACGGCGACGGCGCUGCCGACGCAGCUGCUGCCGAUGCCGACGCUGGAGGAUAUUGAAGUGGCAACCCAAGCAACAGCACAAGCCCAACCACCACCACCACCCAGCGGCAUUCUCAAAUAUCCAGCACCAGCCAAUGUCGGCUACAUCAGUGAGCUGCUGCCACUACCACCCACAGGCGCCAGCACCAGCAGCUCCAUCAACAGCGGCAAUUGCGGCACGCUCAAAAGCAACGCCAAGCUGUUGCCACUACAACUGGGAGUGGUGCCUACGCCAGUUGUCGCCACCAGCUCCACCACACGCAAAGAACCGCCGCCGAUUUCCGUCAACGUUGCCGCCGUCGCUGCAGCCGCUGCCGCAGCACAGGCGCAACCACAACAACAGCAGGAGCAACGUACCGGCUGGUGCGCUUGCUUUGGCUCGCCGGCGAACAAUCCGGAGGAAAAGACACCACCCGACUAUGACAACAAGAAGAAGAAACGCAAGAAGGCAGCUCAGACAAUUUGGUCAACACUGCUCACCAAUAUGGGCAUCUGCACUCUGCUUCUGGCCUAUACACUGCUUGGCUCCUUCAUAUUCCUAACCAUUGAGAACGAGGACUCGGCUCUGUUGCACCAACAGCAUACGCUGGCAUCCACAAAGCGCAACAUGGCCCUGAACGGCGGCAAUGGCAUCUAUCAGCAGCAAAGGUCGCAGUCGCAGUCACAGCAGCAGCAGCAGCAACCACAACAACAUCGGGCACAGCACACGGACAAUGAUACUACUGCAGUUGGCCAUGGCCAGGAGUUGAUGCUCGAGGGCCGAGAUGGUCGCACCAGCAGCAGCUUUGGCUAUGGCCCUGCAUCGAAUGACUUUAUUUAUGGCAUAGAUGAGACAGAUCUUGAGCCGGGUGGGCAGCCGCAGUUUGCUUUAGCACCGGAUACUUAUGACGUAAGGCAGCGCACCAUUGAGAAUAUCUGGGACAUAACCGUUUCGCUCAACAUACUCUACAAGGAGAACUGGACAAAAUUAGCCGCACUUGAAAUUGCCAAGUUUCAAGACCAAUUAAUCAAGAGACUGAACGAGGACGUUAUGCUGCAAUUAUCACACGACGAUUUGGCUGCUGGACACACAGCAUCCGCCGCUGGCUCUGGCGCUGGCGCUGGUGCUGGUGCUGGCUCAUCAACAGCGGGUAACAAUCCAGCCACAGAAGCUGUCCUACUCCACACACACUAUCAUCAUCAUCGUUUGGCUGGGGCAGGCGGGCCGCCGCACGAGUGGAAUUUCGCUAAAGCGUUUUUGUACUCUCUGACCGUUUUGACCACAAUUGCAAGCACUGCAGCCAUUCUUGCCAGAAUAUGCACGCCCGCGCAGCAGGUUGAUUUCUCAAGCGCUCGUGCUUGCCCUGCUGGAUGCUCGAACCCUGCGCGCUAUUGCUCUCACGAUGAGAAGCGCAUGGCGGAGAAGGAGCGACGCAUGAAGCGCAAGCGGCAGCAGGAGGAACUGCGCAAGCAGCAGGCGGCCAUGCAGGAGCCGUACUAUGUGCGAGAUGUUUACCAUGCCACCGAGGAGAAGCUAACGGUGGCCGAGAUCAAUACGCCCACGGGAACUGCAGCCACUGGCAAUAGCAGCGCCGCUGAUAUUGAUUCGCUAAGUGCCAGCGAAUCGCGCGGCUCGAUGCAUGGCUGGAGUCUUUGUGCACCGAUUCUGCUCUGCUUCACCAUGGUUAGCAUCUAUAUUGGCUUUGGCGCCAUGGUCAUGUACCGCCUGGAGAACUGGCCCAUUGUCGAUGGCAUCUACUUUUGCUUUAUGAGCUUGUCCACCAUUGGCUUUGGCGAUAUGCUGCCCACGCUUAGACGCGACUCGAAUGCCACCACCUGGUUCUGCUCCGUCUACAUUAUGUCCGGCAUGACUUUGACCGCCAUGUGCUUCAAUGUGCUGCAGGAGGAGAUUGUCCAUCGCAUCAGCGUUGUGGUCAAGUUCAAGCAAUCGGAUGAGCUGGUCACUGCCUCCAACAGCGCCAUGUUGGAGUUGAAUCAUGAGGAGGGCAGCCAGUACUAUGGCCCACCCGCCUGACGCUAUGAGGGGCGAGCUGGACAUCUAUAUCAACGCCAUCCCACCGAAGAGACUCUGGUGACAGAUACGCCCACAUCGGUGGUGCUGAGGGAUUACGUUAACCAUGAGCUCGUUCCCAUUCUAACCAUGGAUCCCAACAGCUG